CGGGUACCAAGCGUGUACGUGCCCCUUUAUAAAACACUCUCACUUUCACCCAUUUCUUCCAACGUUCCUCUCAUCUUCCAACUUCCAAAACAACAAACACUUCACCGUCGCCUUCUUCUUCUUCUUCUUCUUCUUCUUCUUCUGCCUUUCUUUCUUCAAUCAAGGUAACCUUUUCUGUCUUCUUGCACCCCAUUUUUCCAUCAUCAACAAAAUUUUCAGAUUUUUCACACCUUCUCAUACCUCAUAAUUCUGGGUUUUAAAAACUAGAGCAUCUUCUAUGUUCUAUUAAUUGACAUUUUCUAAUUCUCAGCUUAAACUUCAGUUCAUCUGGAUAAUGAUAUCUUCAAGUUUAAGAUUCUACAUAUUUCUUCCGAGGUUUUGAUUGUCUCUUUGUUCUCAUUUUCAGUGUACCGAGGUGAAGGAUGACACAAAUCUCAUCGACCGUGUACUUGCCUGACUUUGUAAGCACAGGAAUGGAGGACCCCACUUUGUUUCAUCAAUACCCGAUGGAUUCCUUUCCAUUCCAGCUCGAUGAUUUUGACUUUGAGUCAUUCUCCGCGUCCCCAAAGGGUUCUUCCUCUCACAAGCGCUUGAGCUCCGAAAGCACACAAAACUCUUCCCUCACUCAAAGUCCUGAAACUUCUGUUGCCCCACCAAGACCAACCAAGCAACCCAAGACUACAAUGAGUACCUGGAGUGCUUACGGCACUGACAUGAUAGCUCCCAAGGCUGCUUCCUCUUCGUCCUCUAAAAUCAUCUCCUUUGACAAAUCCAGUGCAUCUUCUGUUUCUUCCCAACAACUCUACAAACUCGAUAAUGCAAAACUACUGAAGAAGCCUAAAAUUGAAACUGGGUAUGGUGAGAACCUGGAUUUUUCUGCUGUGGCUUCUCAAAGCUUCUAUGACAACAACAGUUUUCUAGACUAUGAUAAGCAAGAGAAAAAGGCUGCAGUUACAAUGGCAAGAAACCCAACCCAAGCUCAAGAUCACGUCAUAGCCGAAAGAAAACGAAGGGAAAAGCUCAGCCAAAGGUUCAUUGCUCUUUCAGCCUUAGUUCCUGGACUCAAGAAGACGGACAAGGCUACCGUCCUGGAAGAUGCUAUAAAGUACGUGAAACAAUUGCAAGAACGGGUAAAGAUUCUGGAGGAACAAAGUGUGGAUAAAACAGUUGAAUCUGCAAUCUUUGUGAAGAGAUCUGUUGUCUUCUCCGGAGAUGACAGCACCUACUCUGGUGAAAACUCUGACCAAUCACUCCCCGAAAUCGAAGCAAGAAUUUCUGGCAAAGAGGUACUCGUCAGGCUCCACUGCGACAAACACAGUGGACGAACAGCUGCUAUACUAAGGGAAUUAGAGAACCAUAAUCUCACAGUUCAGAGUAGCAGCUUUUUGCCCUUCGGAAAUAACACUCUUGACGUAACUAUUGUUGCUAAGAUGGGGAAGGACUACUGCUUGACUGCAAAAGAUCUCAUCAGAAGCUUAAGUCAGUGUUUGAGGCAGCUUUCGUAGGAAACAAUUAACCAGUUCAAGCAUCCACUCUGUAGCUACGUUAAUUUGUUGCUGUGCAUCCUUCACUAUACAGGAAAAGAGCUUAAUAAAAAGAGUUUUUAUCACAGUGCUUUCUUUUUCCCUAGUCCAUUAUCUGGAUUUGGGAGUAGCAUAUCAAUGGCCUGUGACUGCUACUGUCUCCUCCAGUGUAGAGUUCAAGAUGAUGUCAUGUUUCCUUUUUUUUUUCUCCACAGUUUUUGCGUAGUUGAUUCAUUAGCUACGUUAAUACACCCCACGGUGGCAUUUUCAAAUCUCUACAUCUGUUGUUUAUGUUUUUCUAAAGAGGGUUUUUUAGAGGAUUUGACUAUGACCUCUUUCGUUCCUCUUUCGCUUUGUGAACAGGGUCGGGUUUCCUUGAAAAGCAAUGUUGGCAGCAUUUAUUUUAUGUUGUUCCAUGUCGGAUUGUGAUGAUCACUUCUGUAUAAGAUUAUUAUUGUUAAUUACUAAAUGUCUUACUCCCUUUA